AUGAUAUUUGAUGAUUUGUCUCAAGCAACGAUCAUCACUUUUUAUGCACUAUUAAAUAAAUAUGGAAUUUUACUUAAUAUCCAACUAGCACCUAGUUUAUCACCAUUGUUUUAUGUCGGUUUGUUUCAAAUCACUUGUGAAGAAAAAUUAAGCAAUUACCAAAAUAGGAAAUUUUAUAAAGUCAUUUGUAAACUUUACAACCAAAAUGAAGAACUAGUUAAGCAUAUUAUCGCAAAAAAUGUUGAACCAGUUAACAGUUUACAGUUAAAUAACUCUCAAAAUGAGAAUGUAAUUUUUAAUAAUCAAGAUUCGGUUAUGGAAGAAUUUGAAGUUACUCUUGACGAAAUUGAAAGCUCCCAAUCUAAUGAAAGUUACGAAAUAACAAAAGUAACGAAGAAAAAUAAUGCACUUCCAUGUAAAUGUAAAUGGACGGAUGAAGCCAUUAUAUCCUUACUUUUAUACAUGAAAGAUCAUAAACAAGAUGUCUCAAAGUUAAAAUGUCGUGGUGCUACGGCUAGCCAAGUUAGAAAGCCGCUCUGGAUCGGUGCUUCCGCUAAGUUACGCGACAUAUAUACUGCCGAACAGUGUGAGAUAAAGUGGAAGAAUGCUAAAAAGCAAUAUAAGAAUAGGGAAGACUUUAAGUAUAAGUCUUACGUCGAAGAAAUUCUUAAUUAA